AUGAGCAAGUUUGGAUUUGGGAAAGGCAAAGGCCUUGGUAAGAAUGAGCAAGGCAUUCCAAAAUCCAUUCCAUAUGUCAAGAACAACAAGACCACCGCUUUGGGAGCAAAUGGGGGUCUUGUGAACAUGACUACUCUCAUCCGCAAGGGAGAAAAGAAGAAUCAAGCAUCGAGUCAUGUUAAGUUCAUCAAGAGAGGAACAACAUGUGAUGAGGGUGCCAAGAUUGGUGCAUCCUCAUCAAAGCAAGACAAGUUCAAGACUUCAAGCAAUUCCUCUGCCUCUUCCCUCGACCCCAUCUCCGAGAGCCGGGAACCGACACCGGAAUAUGAUCCGACGGCGGCGCACGAGGCACUCGCUCCUCUGCAUUGGGACGCAGAGGAGUUCGACUUCGAAGUCGUCUCCGAGGACGACGAACCCAAGACCGACGACGAAGACCUCCGGCUCCUGUUCCAGGAAGAGCCGGAGGAGAACAGCGACGAUUGCUUCUCCUGGGAUGGAGUCGACUCCUCCUCGGAAGAAGAAAUCAACUCCUCCUCUGUUGAGGAGGACCUGAUGGCCGAAAAUGCCUUCCGGUUCCUUGGCUCCUCCGAGGAGGAAAGCAAGGAAAAUAAUGAUGGCGGCGGCGGCGGCUGGAGCGGCGACGACGAAGCCAGCAACGGCAGCAGCGCCGACGAGAGGAGCGGCAGCGACGACGACGGCGACGACAGCAGCGGCGGAGACGUGCCGGCGCGAAGCCCCAAGCGCCGUAGGCAUUAG